AUGGAGGAGUUCAAUGGAGAUGAACACACAGAGGAGGUGGGAGGAGAAACAGGAGAGGAGGCAGCAGAAAAGGCUGCAGAAGAAGACGUCGCCGCAGAAGAGAAGGUGGCAGAGGAGGAGGAGGCGGUCGAAGACACAGAGGAAGCCAGUGAAGACACUGUAAUUGGCUCCCAGAAUCCCGUGCUGUGUCCUCCCGUGGCAUCUCCUCUCCUCCAUCUCUUUAAUGUUGUCUUUUCCUCUACCUCAGGGUUUUGUUUCCCUCAAGGUCCUGUUGUCCUCGUCUCCUUCUCAACUCUGGACCAUACUAACCCACCUGUAUACUGUUUCUAUUGACUCUUCUGUAACUGUUUCUAUUGACUGUUCUGUAACUGUUUCUAUUGACUGUUCUGUAACUGUUUCCGUUGACUGUUCUGUAACUGUUUCUGUUGACUGUUCUAUUUGUUCCUCAGAUCGGUUGGAUGUUUAACCACUUCUCUGUUCUGUAGCAGAUAACUGUAAUCUCUUUGUAUGCUGUUUAGUUUUUUAGUUUUUAUUGACUCCAUUUGCAGCCUUUGUGUCAUCUCAAUGACUACAUAAUCAUUGGUCUUGAUUUUCCUUGAUAUGUACUAUGUCCUUUGUUCCACAACAAUGUCUAGGUGUGUAUGUGUAGUAUGUGUCUCCAUGUCUAGGUGUGUAUGUGUAGUUCCACUGUCCAUCCAUGUCUAGGUGUGUAUGUGUAGUUCCACUGUCCAUCCAUGUCUAGGUGUGUAUGUGUAGUUCCACUGUCCAUCCAUGUCUAGGUGUGCAUGUGUUGGUGUGGGUCCUCUGGAAAUCCCCACAUGUUGUUGUUCAAUGUGCCUGAUCUGUGAGAUCUGUUCAAGUUGCACGACCUCCAAUGUAGAAGUGUCUCAUCCAUUUUUGAGGAGAGGUUCUCUGUUAGCCUCCUUGAGGUAAUGCUGUCAUUGUAAAGAUACUGAUACACAAUAUUUUCUAUUUUCUCCCCUUUCUGUCAAAGGCCCCCGUGAAGGAGGAAGAAGCCCAGGUAAAGUGUUUUUACAUUUCUGAAAAGUAUUGAAAUCAAAUAGAAAUGUGGGAGUCAUGUCUCAGUCUCACAGUUUUUCUCUCUUAUCCUAAACAGGAAGAACUAGAGGAUGAGGAGGCUAAGGUAACAGGCGACACUGUGUCCACCGGAGUAAUGCCUGAUAUGAAGGGCAUUGUCAUUAAUAAUAACUGCCACUGGUCUCUGCAUUGUGCCAUCUGCCCCACUAAGAAAGCCCUUAGCCUGGAUCCAAUAGACCUGGCACAUGGUUCCAUACUACAUUGUGCCUUUAUUUGACUCUCUAAUAUUCUAGAAUUAAGUAAAUUAUUAACUUGUAGAUAUUUUAGUCAUUCAACUAUUCUAAACAAAGCAUAUACAUGUAGGUCUAAAAGGGAAAUACGUAUGUUAGGUCUAAGUAUUCCUGGCCAUAGUCACUGAUUUAUAAAUCAGUACUAUGAAGUUUCUCUGCCAAUGCCCAGGCCCAGCUAUGUCUGCUAGCCAUUGUAACAAAACAUGAUUACAUCAUACAUGCUUAAUAACAUGCUAUCUAUAUACACUUGCAAAGUUUCCCAACUCACCAGCAGCUUAAUUCAUUAAUAAAUACUUUUAUUGUGACUUGAAAGCUGUAUUGAGAAUGGUAAAGGUUAUAUGAAGGCAAAAGCCUGACUGAUCAGAAAAGGUCAAAUAUCACAUUGUUUUAAUGUCUCAUACCACUGUUGUGUUCUGUUGGGCUCAGAAGUGCCUCAGAAGCCAGUGCUGGUAUUGAAUACAAUGUGCUGUGGCACAAACAAACAGACGCAGAGUAAACCGAGACGUGUUAGUGUUACCCAGGGCACUGUUGUUCACUACAGAGUAAACCAUUAUAAACUUGUUAUUGAUAAGAUAUAAAGUUAUAUGCUGUUGAACAAGUUCAACUGAAUAUAUCCAUCAGUAUUUAUGUGCAAUGUGUCAAUAGAUAUCAAAGCACUUGUGAUGUUAUUGUAUUGUAGUAAUAAUCAAUUGUCACGAUCGUCGUAAGCAACGGACCAAGGCGCAGCGUGAUAUGCGUACAUCUUUUAAUGAGUACUUAAUGACACUACAACAAAACGAUACGUGAAGUCCUAAGGUUAACAAACACAAACUUCUCCGGAACAAGAUCCCACAAAUAACUAGUGCCAACAGGCUGCCUAAGUAUGGUUCCCAAUCAGAGACAACGAGAAUCAGCUGCCUCUGAUUGGGAACCACCCUGGCCAACAUAGAUAUAAAUGAUCUAGAACAAAACAUAGAAAACUAUAACAUAGAACCUACACACCCUGGCUCAACAUAAAAGAGUCCCCAGAGCCAGGGCGUGACAGUACCCCCCCCCCCCCAAAGGCGCGGACUGCGACCGCGCCAACCAAAACCAACAGGGGACGGGCCGGGUGGGCAUUCCGCCUCGGAGGCGGAUCCGGCUCCGGGCGUGACCACCACUCUCUUUCUACCCCCCCGUAGCGCCCCUGGUCUGGUCUGGCCCCGCUGGCCGGAGCUGGACUGGACACCGGUGGAGCGGAUUGCUCUGGCUCCGGAGUGGAGCAGCUGACCGGUGCCGAACCAGGCACGGGCCGUGCCGGACUGACGACGUGCACCACUGGCUUGGUGCGGGGAGCAGGAACGGGCCGGACCGGGCUGACGACGUGCACCACUGGCUUGGUGCGGGGAGCAGGAACGGGCCGGACAAGGCUGACGACGCGCACCACUGGCUUGGUGCGGGGAGCAGGAACAGGCCGGACCGGGCUGGCGACGCGCACCACUGGCUUGGUGCGGGGAGCAGGAACGGGCCGGACCGGGCUGACGACGCGCACCACUGGCUUGGUGCGGGGAGCAGGAACGGGCCGGACCGGGCUGACGACGCGCACUACUGGCUUGGUGCGGGGAGCAGGAACAGGCCGGACCGGGCUGGUGACGUGCACCACUGGCUUGGUGCGGGGAGCAGGAACGGGCCGGACCGGGCUGACGACGCACACUACUGGCUUGGUGCGGGGAGCAGGAACAGGCCGGACCGGGCUGGCGACGCGCACCACUGGCUUGGUGCGGGGAGGCAGGAACGGGCCGGACCGGGCUGACGACGCGCACUACUGGCUUGGUGGCGGGGAGCAGGAACAGGCCGGACCGGGCUGGCGACGCGCACCACUGGCUUGGGCGGGGAGCAGGAACAGGCCGGACCGGGCUGACGACGCGCACCACUGGCUUGGUGCGGGGAGCAGGAACAGGCCGGACCGGGCUGGCGACGCGCACCACUGGCUUGGUUGCGGGGAGCAGGAACAGGGCCGGACCGGGCUGACGACGCGCACCACUGGCUUGGUGCGGGGAGCAGGAACGGGCCGGACCGGGCUGACGACGCGCACCACUGGCUUGGUGCGGGGAGCAGGAACAGGGCCGGACCGGGCUGACGACGCGCACCACUGGCUUUGGUGCGGGGAGCAGGAACAGGCCGGACCGGGCUGGACGACGCGCACCACUGGCUUGGUGCGGGGAGCAGGAACGGGCCGGACCGGGCUGACGACGCGCACUACUGGCUUGGUGCGGGGAGCAGGAACAGGCCGGACCGGGCUGGCGACGCGCACCACUGGCUUGGUGCGGGGAGCAGGAACGGGCCGGACCGGGCUGACGACGCGGCACCCCACUGGCUUGGUGCGGGGAGCAGGAACGGGCCGUGACCGGCUGACCCGCACCACUGGCUUGGUGCGGGGAGCGGAACAGGCCGGACCGGCUGGCGACGCGCACCACAGGCUUAGUGCGGGGAGCAGGAACAGGCCGGACCGGGCUGGGAACACGCAUCAUUGGCUUGGUGCGGGGAGCAGGAACAGGCCGGGCUGGACUGGGAACACGCACCAUAGGCUUGGUGCGGGGAGCCGGAACGGGCCGGGCUGGGAACACGCACCAUAGGCUUGGUGCGGGGAGCCGGAACGGGCCGGGCCGGACUGUGGAGGCGGACUGGAGGUCUGGAGCGGAGAGCUGACACAACCCGUCCUGGCUGAAUGCCUACUUCCACACAAUAUGUGUGAGGCAUCAGCACAGGACGUACAGGGCUGUGCACUCGUACUGGCGCUACAGCACGUGGCACUGGCGCAGGAUAUACGGGACGGAGGAGGGGUACUGGAGGCCACGAGCGUUGAGCCGGCAUUCUCCGUCCUGGCUGCAUGCCCAGCUUAGCACGACACGUGCGUGGUGCUAGCACAGGACGUACAGGACUGUGCCGGAACACUCGCGGCACAGUACGUGGCUCCGCAUAACACGGAGCCUGCCCUUUUAGCCCCCCCCCAACAUUUUCUUGGGGCUGUCUCUCGGGCUUCCUCCUCGGCCGGUACCCACUGCGUUGCCGCUGCUCCUCUCUGUAGCGCGCCUCCACAGUCUCCUCCCAAGGACGGCGAUCCAUUCCGGCCUGGAUCUCUUCCCAAGUCCAGGAUCCCUUCCCGUCCAGGAUCUCCUCCCAAGUCCAGGCUGUCUGUUCCUGGACACGCUGCUUGGUCCUCCUUUGGUGGGAUCUUCUGUCACGAUCGUCGUAAGCAACGGACCAAGGCGCAGCGUGAUAUGCGUACAUCUUUUAAUGAGUACUUAAUGACACUACAACAAAACGAUACGUGAAGUCCUAAGGUUAACAAACACAAACCUCUCCGGAACAAGAUCCCACAAAUAACUAGUGCCAACAGGCUGCCUAAGUAUGGUUCCCAAUCAGAGACAACGAGAAUCAGCUGCCUCUGAUUGGGAACCACCCUGGCCAACAUAGAUAUAAAUGAUCUAGAACAAAACAUAGAAAACUAUAACAUAGAACCUACACACCCUGGCUCAACAUAAAAGAGUCCCCAGAGCCAGGGCGUGACAUCAAUUUGUUAAAAUCUAUAUUUCCUGGUUACAGUAACCUGGUGAAAGCUAGCGAGUUGAUCCAAAGCUAAUCAUUGCUAUUUGUUGUUUUAGGGAGAAGACGAUCAGCAGGUUUCUGAGGUAGAUCUACUUUGAAUGUUCUAUAGCUAUAAUGUUCAGUCCUUAAAUCAAAUUCAUUAUAUAUUGUAGUCUCAAUUUCUGUGCUAAGGGCCUUGGGUGUUCAGUUUUAAUGUAGUUUGUUUGCAUCCUUGUGAUUGUGAUCUGUGUCUGACAUCCAGACAACUAACCUCACAUUCUUCUUUGUUGUAGCUUUUCUUGUGCAAUAUUGAAUGCUUGAAAUCCGUCUUCCUUCGUAGUCCCAUGAUUUGCAACUCCAGAUCCACUUUUGUUGUUUUUGCCCCCUUCCCAUUUUCCAGAGGCCUCCUGUGGAGAGAUUGCUGUAUGUUUGGAUGCAUUUCAUCUUAAUCCUUGACACAGUUUUGAACACUACUGAUCUUUUCUAUGACAUGCCACCUUAGAGAUAUAAUCAUUAGAUACCCAGGUCAAUAACAUUCAUAUUUGUCAUUUGAUAAGAUUGUUUGAUGAUUUUAUUUAGAAAUAUGUCAUGCUCCUUUAGCUGCUACUCUGUUUAGUGUCUACAUUUAAAGAGAUCUUGUAUAAUAGUUAAUACAGUAAUACAGAUACAGUAACAAGGAUCGUAUGUCUAAAUAAAUCCAACAAAGUCACAGAAAGAUAAUUAAGUUUAACUAAAUAUUUUAGGGCUCCAGCUUGGUUCAUGUUGAAUCAUGCAUGUAAAGCUAUCUGCAAGAGGGUCUCCUCCUCCAGAAACUCCUUGUACCUCCUCCACACAUUGACCCCUCCCCCCUUUGCCCUUUUCCCCAUCUCUUGGUUUGGUUUUCCAGGGAGAAGAGGAUUUGGGGUCGGAGGUAACUGGGCAUCUGCGACUGUCAAUUUAUCUGGUUGUUCCCCUAGUUACCAGCUGUGUGGGUUUGUCUGGCGGAGAUCAGAAGGCUUUGUGUUGUAGGACGGAAGAGCUUGCCUUGUGUGAUCUGUCUGCUGUUUGUUCCCUCAUCAGUAGCCCGUGUUCACUCCCUCCGAACCUCUUGUCUGUCUGUCUCCCCUCUCUUUUAGCUUUCCUCUUCCUCAUUUCUUCCCUAGUCCUGUAGCUGCUUCCUUCCUUCCAGCCUGAUCUAUCCCUGUAGAUUCCAUUUUUUUUAAACAGACUUUUCCUAUAGCGCAUGCCUCUGGUGUCACCUCUGACCUCCAUCCACACCACUGACACUUAAUCUCAUCCUUUCUAGGAGGAAGAAGAGCUGCGACAGCUUGAGGUAGAUUGAUGUGUUUUUUUUUUUUUCCAACUACAUUCGUCCCCCCUCUACCUCUCCACCAUUCUAUCAAUGCUGCUUUUCUUGCUUCCACAUCUUGCUGUUUAUUCAGCAUUCCUUCAAUUUCCUCCUUCACUACUUUCUAUGUAGAUUAAACAGACCCUAUCUCACCUAUGGCAUCUGAACAGACUGUAGCCCUUACUAUAUGUCUUUAUCCCUCUCACUCAUGCCAGAUAAUGAUAUCUCAAUCGUUGGAUGAGCAACAUGGUAACUCUGGUAGCCAUCAGAACACAGACCAUGAUAGAGAAACCCAGCACUGUCAUUCAUACUGAUUUUAGAAUAUUCCUCACUCACUCUCUCUCUCACACACACACACACACACACACACACACACACACACACACACACACACACACAGAGAGAGCCUCUCCAACAUUCCAAACUGCCACUGCCUGCCCUCCCUCCUUUUCCACACAAGCUUCACUGCCUUUGCUCUCUCUCUCCCUCUCUGCUCUCUUCGUCCUCCCCUCUCUUGCUCUCCUCCACCUCCUCCACCCCCUCCUAUACCUUCAUUGCAGGAGCAAGAAGAGGCAGUCAGUGAAGUUGAGAUAGUUUCCUCUUGUUGUAAUUUGUGACAUCUUCUGUGGAUCUUAGAUUGGAAACACCCUCUCUCUGUAUCUCUCUAUCUCUCUAUUUCUGUCUGUGCUGCUGCUUGGGUUGUGGUCUCUGUGGUACGGAUAACUGAUGGUGUGCAGCAUGACAGACACAACAGUCAUUUGGUAUACUUAUGGUAAUAAUAAUAAUGGGAACAUUAAGUAACAAAGGGCUUUCCUCCCUCUUGUAGUCUCCUUAGUGACAUGCCGUUUCACUUAUCUCAAAUAUAGCCUGUUGUAUCUCUUGCCAUUGUUCCCUCUUUGACAUUGAAAUGCUCAAAACCCCUGAUAUCCCCAUCCUUAGGAAGAAGAAGAGGCCCCAGAGGUAACAGAGGUAUAUUCUGGCUGUGCUCCCAGCCCAUUGCAUGGUGUGGCCCCUGACGUGGAGUAAAUGGAUCUUAUGCAUGACCCUACUCCUUCAUAUGUGGAUUUAGUGUGGGGUUGUGAAGAGCUCUCUACCCUCUUAUUCCCCAAGGCUGCCAGCAUCACUCCUGUGCUAUGCUGUCUAUAAUGUUUGGAAAUUAUUGGACUCUCUCUGGACUCUGGUUGUGGUUUUGAUGCAGUGUGACUGGGAUGAGGUCAUUGCCCGUUGGUUUAUGUGGAGGCUUGAGUAUUCUGCAGCAUUGUGCCAGUGGAUGUUUCAUAACAGGUGACAUGCAUCGUUUGGUGUCAAGAUCUGCCUCUGCGCUCAUGAGCAUAAGUUUGACACCUAGAUGUGCUUGUGAAUUGGAUCUUACAGUGUUUCAUAGGGAUCCCUAGUGACUUGACCAGAACUUGAUGACAACCGGGAUGUUUAAAAAGCCAUUGGCAUGGCUUCUCUUUGCAAGGAGUGUGUGGACAGUGUGGACAGGACAAGCACAUCAGAAGAUUAAUGGACUGUUUGUUAUUGUGCAAUGCUCCUCCACAACAAGAUCUUGGCAGUGUCAGAUAUGUUGCACCAGACUACGCUGCUUUAAAUAAUUUGUUACCGUGGACAUCAUUUAUCAAAUCUUGAAUACACAGCAAGCACUAUAUCCACAAGCAAGUUGUCCGUUACUUAGUUAUUAAAAACAGUGAAUUACUUGGUCACAGGACUAAAUAUGUUUAAUUUAUUUAACCCAUAGGCUAUUUACAUUUGUAGAAAUGUAGCUAAUUGUAUUAGCGCAACACCAUGAUCAACCCAACAGAUGCACCUUGGAGUGAAUGUGGUCUGAUGAUUUGUGAAGUGUGUAGUGCCUUGCAGUUUCACGUCAUAUGACACCACCUCAUAGAGGGCCUUGCUUAAAGGCCCACACUACUCUUACUACUUCACUAGCAGUUAAGGGAAUGAUGCCUUAUCCCUGUGGAUAACUUGUUCCCUUGGCCUAAGUAGUGGAUAUAUUCCUAGUGUUCCUAGUGUCUUCCCAUCCUCACCUCUCCUACCUGUUUUCUUGAUGCCUCCCCUGGUUUGUAAUAUGGUUUUACUCCCUUUUAACCCAACUGGACCCUUCCCUUAAAAAAAAAACAACGACAACAUAUGUUUUUGUAUUUUUUGUUAUGCCAAGGAUGAAGAAGAAAAAGUGACAGAGGUAGAGGAAGCAGAGGUAGUAUAGCAACCUGCAAACACACUGAUGUUCCCACCAGUGUUCACCUUGGUGCAAAGACUCUUGUACCACUUUGAGAAGGAUCUGAGCAUUCUACUGAAUAUUCUAGUGAAUCUUUCUUAUGGUUAUUGAUGAUGAUGACUGCCUUAUCUGAAUUAAAUCAGUUUCUCCGCUUCUCAGUAAUCCUAUUAAACUGUAAUCAAGCACAGCUGAGCGAUAUCACUUAAUUGGAGAGGGAAGCUUUGUUCGGGCUGCUCUCUUUGUUAAACUAGCACUUUAAGAUGAGUCAUCUGUGCUCUUUAAAAAAAAAAGAAACUAAAAUGGAGUUAAACUACAGUUUGGCUCAUAUAUUGAUAUUACUGAGUGGGAUAUCAAAUUCAAAUGUUAUUUGUCACAUGCCCCCGAAUACAACAGGUGUAGACCUUACAGUGAGGGGGGACAAUGCAAAUAGUCCGGGUAGCCAUUUGAUUAGCUGUUCAGGAGUCUUAUGGCUUGGGGGUAGAAGCUGUUAAGAAGCCUUUUGGACCUAGACUUGGCGCUCCGGUACUGCUUGCCGUGCGGUAGCAGAGAGAACAGUCUAUGACUAGGGUGGCUGGAGUCUUUGGCAAUUUUUAGGGUCUUCCUUGGAUAUCUUGGUUCUCCUCUCUUCUGAUGUCUUGCUUUACCUUGUCAUCAACGUUGUCAUUACUCAGUUUUCUUUUCUCAGCAGGAAGAAGAGGACGAGUAGUUACAGCCAGGAAAGGUUUAGGAUGUGGUUUACUACUGCCCAGGUAAAAUACACUACUUUAUUACUUAAUCAGAAUUCUCUUGUCUGCCACUGGGUGGCAGUAUGAGAGUAUGUAGUUUGCAGUGAACCGAUGGCUGCAUCGUAUACCUCAUAAACAUUUCUUCUUGUUACUGAAUGUCUUUCUAGAGUAAUUUAAAAAGAAAACUAUUCAGUACAUGUAUUACUCUGUGCCUUUUUGACCCUUUUAUCAAAUGGCUCUUCUUACUGGCAUUAUUAAACCAUUGUAUUGUAUUAUUUAUUGCCCUAAAAAUAGCUGUGUGUUUUCAUAAGUGUUCUGUCAGAGAAGCUAGAGAGAACAGAGCAUUGGGCUAUUUAACAGGGACUGUCAUCAGUCUCUUUACACAAAAAGCUUCAUUGAGCACAGAAUGCCUGAAGGAUCCAAAGAACAGCCAUAUAAAACGAUAUCUCAUGAAUUCUCUUUUCUUUUCCUGCGGCAGUAAUGAAGAUAAUAAUAAUAAUAAUCGUAAUCUACAAAGCCGCACUCAUCGCCCCUCUCCAGUAGUGUAGGAAAUGGCUCUGCUCUCUCCAGGAGAUAUUUGGGUUGAGGAGAGGGAACAGCCUGAGACUUUGAUCGGAUGGCACAGACCACCGCACCCCCUCCCCAAAAAACCCCAAACCUGUCACGCCCAGUUAGAGAAAGCCGUUAAGUGAGCUUCUGAAGAGCCUCGGCAGGGACUGGCACUCAGGGAGGCAUGGGCAGUUUGGGCACAGUGGUGAUUGAAAGCUUAGGACCCACAGCCUAUAGCAACGACGCAUUGGUGACCUCUUUUUGUUGUCUUCCAGCCUAGAGAGACCCCCUGUUCCGGCCCUUCCUGACCCCUCAGACAAUCCCCCACCCAUCCCACUACCCACGAUGCACUCAACUGCUCACUGGGAAUGCACAUGUCCCCCUGCUAGACCCUGCCGGCUGAAACCUGCCAAUCACACACUGUCUGUACGGCCCACCCAUACUCCAGAGAUAACCCCCUGUUUUACCAGAUGUUUAUAUUGCGUAGGGGACUAGGACUAGAGAAGAUGUAUUGCUGUACUUCAUUUGUAUAACAUUGUUAGUUUAUGGUAGCUUCCAUCCAGUGCGUAGCUCAAUGACAUAGUGUUAUCAGUUUGUUGUUAUUAGCAAUUUUUCUAAGUGUACAUACACAGUCAUAUGUUAAGCGUUUUAAAGAUUUCAGACAUACUUCAUGUUGCCAAUUGAAAAUUGUAGUUUUAUAUCACAGUUUGUAUAGGAUGAUGAGCAUGUCACCACUGAUAUCUUAGCAGUCAAUGACUGACAGCUAUAACCCUGUGAGUAUCUGAGUGAAGAUCACUACUGUGAACUGCAACCAGUGAAUGGACUUAUAAUCUCAGACUGAAACAGAUCUAUCAAUGCAGUGCCUCUCACUCGAUGCCGGCAAAGAUGUUAGAUCUACGUGUGUGAAUGCAACCCAGUGACUAUCUAUGCCUCAGUCCAACAUGAGAAAGACCCUUGUGUAGGCUUUCCACUAGCUUCCAUAGCCACAAAGUCAGAUUCCACAAAUUGCUUUUUGAUCUUAUUCUAAGGUUAGGGUUAAGCAUAAUGUUAGCAGUGUGGUUAGCAGUGUGGUUAGGGUUAGGUUUAAAAUCAAAUUUUAAGAAGAUCAAUUGUAGAAAUGGGCGGGGUUUAGCCAACAUUAUGACUUUGUGGCUGUGGAAACUAGUGACGACCCUCAUGUAGCGUGCCUUAUGACUGUGUUUGCAGCUACUGGACACCGUUCACUGAACAUUACUGUCUGCUGAUCUACUGUGCACUUUGUUGAAUGUAAAAGGAAGUAGAUGACUGAGAUCCCCCUAGAUGUAAGAGAAGUGAAAUGCCAAUAAAGUAGAGUGGUGUAAACAGCUCCCCAUGGCCUAUUAUGCUCUAUUUUCAAUUCAUUGUGUUUUAUUUAUAGAUCAAUGUACAAUGUUAGGGCUGGGCAGUGCAAGCUCAAGUCAACAGGAUGUAGCUCAGUGUAAAGCCUAUCUCUGGGGACUCCAGAAAGAGGUAUGGAGGAGGGUAUUGCACAGUGAGAAGAAUUCGGUGGAAAAGAAAACCAAGAACACAUUUAUGUCUACAUUUGUAUUAUAAGUGCGAGUUUUGUGAAUUUGUCCUAGAAAUGUGAUAUUUGGUGCUCUCUUUUGAAGACAUAACUUUAUUGAAAGUUAUAUGCAUUUGAAUGGAAGAGA